AUGGAUGACGACUCAAGCCCACGGGUACCGCGUAGGACAGCCAUGGCUUGUCAGUUUUGCAGAGGUCGCAAACUAAAAUGUGAUGGCAGUCGACCUAGUUGUGGUAACUGCAACCGUCGAGGCUAUCCUUGUGUCUAUACCCCUGUGUAUGUGAUUUGUCUCAUCUAA